UGACGACAGACUCCUGCUGAGUCCUUUCCAAUUCAGUGGGUUUGACUUGGCAAUCCUGUGGCUAGCACUAGUUAGCGGUAGAGACAAGGCCAUAAUCCUGGGUAGAUUUAUGUCCAGUUUCAGGCAGUAAACAGUUCAGCUGAGCAGGUUUCUGUCGUGAAUGAUGUUUAGAAGGUGCUGGGAGAGAGGACAAACUUUCUGGAGCGGUUUGCUAAGGGGCCUUAGAGGAGUUUUAAAGAGAGUCCAGCACUAUUACCAAUGCACAGCAAGUCACAAUGUCAAUGACAGUAGAUCCCAAUAUGAAGACACGAGAGGAGAAAGAUGCAGAGUUGGACAGGAGGAUUGAAGCCCUCCGAAAGAAGAACGAGGCACUGAUGAAGAGACACAAGGAGAUCGAAGCAGAUCGGAUGAAGGCAGAAGAGGACGGAAUCUCCGUGACCAAUCGGAAACCCAAACAUGAAACCGAGCACGAUCGCAAGUGGGGUGAAAAGGAGAUUCUAACCGUCACUGUCGACCUUAGUAAAUCCCCAACGGAGAAACGAAUGGCGAACGACAGAAAGACGGUGAACUCAUCCCGCGGCAACCUGGAAUCACCCGGGAAACGGCCGUGGACAUCGGGCCCCCAUUCCCCAGGCCUCAGGCAGGCAGCAGACAGGGGCAGCCAUCUCCGUUCCCCCGGCAGCAGGCCAGACAGGACAACCCGGGCAGAUCACCAAGAAAGAAGCCCCCGAGGCUUCAGUGGGCACGAGAGCCCCGGUGGGGAGCACCCUAACCGAGGGGGUCGCACCAGAAGAGGCCGCGGUGGUGGUGGAGGUGGUGGUGGUGUUGGAGGUGGAGGUGGCGAUAGUGGGGCCUGUGGAACUGGCAGUGCUUCGCCACAGGACAGAAGAGUAAAGGAAUGGGAAGAAAAGCGAAGACAGAACAUUGAGAAAAUGAAUGAAGAAAUGGAGAAGAUUGCUGAGUAUGAAAGGAGCCAGAUGGAUGGCUCUGGUGAGAAAAACCCUUUUCGGAAUUUUCUGGAUGACCCGCGGCGCUUGGGAUCCCUUCCUGACAGUGACCGGAAAGAUGGCAGCCGACGGCACAUCCGGAAUUGGGGUGGGCCUGACUUCGACAAGGUGAAGACUGGAUUGGAUCGUGACAAGGACUGGCAGGGCAGACGGUCAGGUUCCAAGGGCUCCGUUGACAUGACUAUGUCAAUGACUGGUCGCGAGAGGGCGGAGUACAUGCGCUGGAAGAAGGAGCGGGAGCAGAUCGACCAGGAGAGGCUCGCACGGCAUCGCAAUGCAACAGGACAGUGGAGGCGGGAAUGGGAUGCUGAGAAAACGGAAUCUAUGUUCAAAGAUAAUCCAAGUCCCACUGGGAAUUUUGAAGGAGGCAGCAGGCGAGAUGACCGACGCCCUCCCAAGCUGCCAACAGUUUCAGACUUUAUUUCUCAAUCCAGAAGCAGGGAUUCCAGGAGAGGGAGAGACAAACGCGGGGGUAAAAAUUACAGCAUGCAUGACAAUCGCUGGGAAACAUGUGAAGGAGAGCAUGAGCAGAAGCAAAUAAGUGAACAGCAACAGGAAAAGGAAUUUCAAGAAAAACCAGUUCAAGAUCUGAACCUUAAUGAGCUCAAGGCCGAUAUGGAAGAGUCACCUGUAGACGAGGCAGAUGAUGAAGAUGAAUGGGAAGAUGCUAGUGAUGGUGAAGAGGAGAUAGUGGGAGAAGAUGUAUCAGACAGUGAAGGUGAACUGGAGGGAACAAAGGCAUUUGAUGAUGAGGAGAAGAAAGAUGUUGGAAGAACAAAGGAGGAGGUAGAGAUGGGGGUAGAAGUAGCACAGCACACCAACAGAAGCCCAGAGAUCGGUGCCAAAGAGCAACGAGCCAGGAAGUCCAGGGAGACUCCCAAACUUCACAUUCCUCCAAAGGAUGUGGCUGUCCAGCUUAAAGAAACCGGAUCCAAACCCCUGAGCCCUUUCUCACUCGAUGGGCAUUACCCAGUCAAAGACUGGGCAGAAGAGAUGGAAACAUCAUCACCAAGAAGCAAUGUGGAACAGAGUCCCUUGCAAACAGCUAACACAACGAAGGAUUCUCCUCCAGAGUGUAAAGAGAAUGUGGAGAUCAAGCCUGGGGGCAUCACCGCCGAUGGUGAAUCACAUGCGUUGGAUGUACAGACUGAGAAGGAGCCUGUGUCUGUAACAGACCAGUCGCCUCUGCAAGACAGGAGUGGCAGCAACAAUCCUGCUGGUGAAAUCCCGAAAGAGCGAGUGGAACCUGACACUGGUGAUCGGAGCAGUGAUGCUGCCACUAUAUUGGCUGCACAAGCAGCAACAGAAGAGGCGCUUAAGCAACAAGAAGUCAAUAAGACAGCAGGUGAUGCCUUGGAACCCAUCAGAAGGACAGCACAGAGCAUGGAUUGUGUGGAAGAUAAUGAGCCCAGCUCAGGUUGAUCAAGACCUCUGGAAUGAAGACGCUCAGCUCGGGAGGAAUAUCACAUCAAUCCACACAUGGGAAGAUAACUGAUGUAUCGGCAUCUACCACAUAAUGAGUUCAGAACUAGUCGGAGCAGAGGCAGUGGGAAUCGGAUUGGCAAAUUGUUUGGCACAAGAAAUUAGUGGGCCUGGGGUUGAAAGGUCAGAUUGGAAAUUCUUAAAAGAUCGUCAGGAACGGCAAUAAUUUUUAUACCAAAGGAUCUUGAGAACUAUAUAUAUUUUUUUCAAGCAGUUGCAAAUUAAACUGCAGCUUCCCCAACCACAAAAUUUAACAAAUUUAGAUUUAGAGUUAUGCCUUUUGCUGCGGGGAGAGAAACAGUAAGUUGUACAUUACUUUUGCAACACUAAGCAAUGCAGUUAUAUUGCUAUAAUAUAAUAAACAUGUUCUGGACCAAA